AUGGAUCAACCUCAUAAUCAACUCCCCGUUCAAUUAAAGAACCCUGCGCUGUUUGACAGUCGGGGAUUUGUUGCAGGAAAUUGGAAAUCUGCGUCCUCAAACAAGAUGUUCCCGGUUAUUGAGCCUUCCUCUGGUCAGGUUCUGGGCCAUUGCGCGGACUUUUCCCAACAAGACUUUGUGGAAGCCAUUGAAGAUGCCGAUCGUGGAUUCCGAAAAUACUUCUUUAGUACCACGGCAAAGCAAAGAAGCGUGCUUCUACGCAAAUGGAAUGACCUUAUCUUGCAGAAUCUGGACGACCUUGCAAAUAUACUCUCUUUGGAGAAUGGUAAAACACUGGCAGAAGCAAAAGGCGAGGUGGCAUAUGCAGCAUCAUUUGUUGCCUGGUUUGCGGAAGAAGCAGUCCGAUCAUAUGGAGACGUCAUUCCGUCUUCUUACCAGAACACUACAGCUAUGACUUUCAAGGAGCCAGUUGGUGUGUGCGGUAUUAUCACACCGUGGAACUUCCCUGCGGCGAUGAUUACUCGGAAGAUCGCACCGGCAUUUGCGGCAGGCUGCUCAGUUGUCAUCAAGCCCCCAAGUGAAACACCGUUCAAUCGCAAUGCUUCUUUGGAGUUGGCAACCCACCCCAAGGUCAAGAAGAUAAGCUUUACUGGCUCGACCAACGUUGGUAAAAUGCUCACCAAGCUUGCUGCCGGUACAAUCAAGCGGGUCAGCAUGGAGCUUGGUGGAAAUGCACCUUUCAUUGUGUUCGAUGAUGCAAAUAUCGAAAAGGCCAUCGAGGGGGCCCUGAUUUGCAAGUUCCGCUCUUCUGGUCAAACAUGUGUUUGCGCAAAUAGGCUUUACGUGCAUAAGGAUGUCUUGGAGGAUUUCACCCAAGGACUGAUCCGGCGUGUCUCAUCAUUCAAGUUGGGACGUGGAAUUGAUGAAGGUGUCACGCAUGGCCCUCUCGUCAACGCUGCCGCUGUGGACAAAGUCAAGAGCCAUGUACAAGAUGCUCUCCAGAAGGGAGGUCAGCUGCGAUAUGGUGGUGAUGUACCAACUGAUACGCCCCCUGGGUUCUUUUACCAACCCACUAUCAUCACCAACGCCAAUAAGGACAUGCUCCUUGCGACCGAUGAGACAUUUGGACCUAUCGCAGCCAUUUUCCCAUUCUCAUCGGAAGAUGAGGUCAUCGAAAUGGCCAACGAUACCGAGUUUGGUCUCGCUGGUUACUUCUUCAGUGAGAAUGUGAACCGUGUUCUGCGAGUUGCGCAGCGCCUGGAAUGCGGUAUGGUUGGUGUUAAUACUGGAUUGAUGAGUGCAGUUGAAACCCCCUUCGGAGGAGUGAAGGAGAGUGGCAUUGGACACGAAGGAAGCAAGUAUGGGCUGGGCGAAUACCAAAAUAUCAAGGCCGUGACUAUUGGUAAUCAAUCGGCUUAG